CCUUGUCAAGUUAUUGUGAUCAGGUUUCUUGUUUCGACGACAAUAGUGACUGAGUCGUCUGUAAGUCAUUAGUGGUCAAAGGAUUUCAAAAUUCGAUUUUAAAAGCUACAUGAAAUCCUUCGGAAAACGGGCUUGAAAUCAUUUGACCUGACUACAAGGUAAGGAUGGCAACAUGCCUUACUCUUUUUCGGGUUCCGAUCGACGAAAACGUAGCUUUUAUAGCGUCAGUGGGUCUUCUUUGUGUGUUAGUGCUGCUGCUGGUGCUCAUCGUCGGUGUUGAUAUUUGGUUAAAUAAAUUGCGUGCCCGCGUAAACAGUGUUUCUGGAAGAUGGAAAGAUUUCUGCAGACUUGAGAUUACUGAACAAUCCCUGAUGUUCUCCAACAAAGACACCUCAGAUUCUGACAGAAGUAAUCCUUGGAGGAGCCUUACCACUUCUAAUGCCUACACACCAUGGAUUGUAAAUGAGGAUGGAGACUCGAAAGAAACUUCAUUUGGCUGCUCUACAACAGUAGUAGAAGACGGGAAAUCCAUUAACGGUAUCAACAUAGGAAACGAAACAAUGGCUAGCGAAAAAGAGGAAGAAUCAUAUAUUCAAAUAAUUGCUGAUGGCCCAACAAUAAAAGAUUCUCCAGCUGAUAAACCAGAGAAAAAUGGGAUGGACGUCAAGAAAAAAAUGUACAUGAGCUUAAAAGGUGCCAAAGCUGACACCUACGCCAACCUCCGUGAAGAAAUGACAGAAAUGGACUCGGGGCAAGGGAAGGAACACGAAUUAAGCCUGGACCUCAAAUCUUCAAAUGGAGUCUUGGGUGGCAAAGAGCCUCAAAAUGAAUACGACAAUGAGUACCUUGUAGUUUUUGCUUCUGGUAAACCAUCCGAGACUUCAGAAUUAGCAGCUAAUGGGAUUCCUCCUCAUGAAGACACGUACGAGUCCCAGUAUCUUUUGCCCAUGGACCCUCAGCCAAAAGAGAUAAGAAAACAAGAAGAGGGGAAGGAAACUGGCGAGCGCUUCGGAGGUCAGAGCAAGGCCGGUGAUCCGAAAUGUAUGUCUCUGACCCCGAAGUUGCCACCCAGGUUGGCAACAUUUGGACCCAGAGCUGCUCCUGAAAUCCAAAAUUCUCAAAAUGAUAAAGCUAUCGAACUUAAUGAAAUGUCAAAGAGCAAUGACGAAGAUGGAUUUGGGUACCUCCUUGUCCAACACGAUGGAAAUUCUGAAGCCAAAAGGUUGUCUGCCACUCUAACACAGAACCUGCCGCUCCAACCAGAAAGUGUCAAGACAUCGACUGUUGGGCGUGCAUGUGUGGAUGACAAGAACGAAGACAACUAUGACUACGUCACUUCUGAGAAGGUGAAAGACUGGAAAGGCUCUCCUGACGUUAUCGCCUCCGUGCAAGUCCCAGGAAAUGGCAAAGAGAGUCAUCCCAAUGGUAAAUCUAAACCUGAUGCAAAACUUUCCGAGGAAGAUUCUAAUGGCUAUUUGGCUGUCAUUCAUGAUAGCACAGCAGAUGACAAGCAACAUGCCGAAAGAGAUGAUCCUCGUGGCCACAACACCAUUGGGCAAGGUCAUCAGGACAGCACUGAUAACAUUUAUGCUACAAUCCAAGACAACAAUAAUGAUCAAAACAAAGAGCCUGUUCCUACCAAUCCAGAGGCAAUAUAUGUUAACCAGGACAAUAUCCAAAGCGUUGCUGAAGAAAACACGGAGGACAACCACAUUUAUGCCAACAGUGACGUUCAACAAGACUCUUCCCUGUUUGACAUAUCUGCACAAGAUAUCGAGAAAAGCCCAAUCUAUGAUAACGAUAUAAGGAAGGGUUAGGACUGUGGAGGUUUAUUAACUCUUAGUGAUGUUUGGUGAUUUGCUAAAAUGAUGUAGGAGAUAGUUAUAACUUGUACUGACUUUUACAGUACCCUUCAAGAUUCAGUCAUUUGCUGCAACUGUGGCAGUGUUGCAGGUGGUUAAGCGUUGAGUAGUGACUUUCUCCAAACUUAUCGUUUGUAAAUAUUGGAAUUUUAUGGAUAAAUUUCUUGGUGUAUCCCAAAAUUAUUCCUUCGUUUUUUAAGGACGGCUUCCCAACAGCUAAAAUGAGUUCCAUAACCCUCAUGUAUCAUCUUACAAGGUGACUGGAGUGGUUGCUCAUGAAAAUUAAAGAGGAUCACUUGGAGCAGUCCGAUUUGAAAAUCUAAAGGACUUAUCAUGUGAUCAUUUUAAUAACUCAAUUUUUCGUUGAAAUAAGACGUUUGUCUCAACUGAAAUAUAUUCAAUACGUAUUGAAGUGGAAAAAAAGCAUACCAAGUCCAGAAUUUGAAAUUAUUUAAGGAAAAUAAUUGAAAGUGGUGAGGAAUUUAUUCUGAUCACAGUGAUAGGCAGAGAUCCAACGAACUGAGAUUUAAUUUGUCGAGAAUUGACAGCUUUUUUAUCAUUACAAAGUCUAGCCUUUCGUAGUCGACAAUAGGAUAUUAUUUGUAACUUGGCCCGCUUUUCCAAGCUUGGCCUCUUUUUCAGAUUAUAGGCAAUUUAAAAUGACUAUGAAUGGUAAAAUAUACAAUUAACUACCAAGCAAAAUAUAAAGGUUUUCUUAUUUUAUCUA